AUGGCGCGGGGCGACACACCAACUACCACCAUCACCACCCACGACCGCCCCGGCCAACCGCCUUUGGCCCAUCCGGUCGACCUCGAAGCAGCGGCCAACGCGGGGCAUAUUUGUGGUGUGGGGGCGCUGCCUCGUCUGCCAAUCACCCGCGCCCGAGGCCGAAUCUGCAGGGCGUUCAGCGGCACUCGAUGGGCCUGUCUCACCGGCCGCCGCGGGGGAAAGCGGGCCAUGGGGCACACAAGCCCGAUCGGAACGUUUGGCUGCGCUUUUCCCCACGGAUCAACCCGCUGUCAAAAACCAACACGGGAACGUGGUGCCUGA